AUGGAAUACACCACCAAGACACAGAUCUACCAGAAGGUGAAGAAGCCACUGCUGGAACGCCAGCGUCGGGCCCGCAUCAACAAGUGCCUGGACACCCUGAAAACACUUGUCGCCGAGCUGCGCGGCGAUGACGGCAUCCUGCGCAUGGACAAGGCGGAAAUGCUCGAAUCAGCUGUGAUCUUCAUGCGCCAGCAGAAGUCAAACAAAACAUCCGCCUCUACAGCAACGCCCGCCCAGUCCGCCCUGCCUCUGGAUAGCUUCCGUAAUGGCUACAUGAAUGCCGUCAAUGAGGUGUCACGUGUCAUGGCCUCCACACCUGGCAUGAGCGUUGAUCUCGGCAAAUCGGUGAUGACGCAUCUGGGACGCAUCUACAAGAACCUGCAGCAGUUCCACGAGGCCCAGACAACAAUGGUGGUCGAGAGUGAGAGCGAAAUGGACUGCUCCUCAUCAUCCAGUGCAGCACCCCUCAGCCCCGCCUCAUCUGGUUAUCACAGCGAUUGCGAGAGUCCAGCCCCGUCGCCCAUGCCAGAGGAGUCCGAGAAAUUGUGGCGCCCCUGGUAA